AUGAAUGGCAAGAUCCGCGAUCCACAAAAGGGUGCUCGUGUGUGGCUUGGGACCUUCGAAACAGCUGAGGCAGCUGCCAUUGUCUAUGACAAUGCCGCAAAAUGCAUCCGUGGUGAUAAAGCCAAGCUCAAUUUUCCCGACCGACCAAUACACCUUGAAGUUAUAGUCGAGGAUAAGCCUGAAAUGAUCGGUCUUGAUCAUCAUCAUCGUGAGGAGAUUGAGUUCAGGGAGAUGAUUUAUGACUUGGAGUCGUUUCUAGGUUUGAACCACGAGAAUAUUGACCCAACACGAGGCGAGGUGGAGGAAUCCCAUGAUUUCUGGAUGUUGUAA